AUGGCAAAUUCGCCCAAAUUUCAUCCCGCUCUCACCGUCACUAAUAUUAAGUCUCUCGUAUCCGUAAUAUUAGACAAUGAGCAAGGAUUAUAUCAUUCUUGGGCUACUCUGUUCAUCAAUCUUGCUAGGGUUUAUGAUUUUUACGAUCAUUUGGUUCCACCCACAGAAGCGUUGGCUCUAGCUGCGAACACUACGACCAAAUCGGCUGAUCGGGCUCUUUGGAAGCGUUUGGACGUUGUUAUAUUGCAAUGGAUUUACACUACCAUUGCUCCUGAUCUUCUUCUAGCUAUCCUCAAACGCAAUGACACGGCAGAGGGCGCGUGGAACCGUCUUGAAUCUCUUUUUCAAGACAAAAAGCCUCCCGAGCCAUCCAUCUCGAGGAGGACUUUACGAACAUUGUUAGCUGAUGUUGAUGCUCCGGUGACUAAUAGUCGCCUGAUUUUACGUCUUACCGGCUUUACUGGAGGCGUAUAG